AUGGCGGCCGCUGUCCGUCUCCUUCCCGCCCUAACACUCGGCCUCUUGUCCGCUCUUCUUCCGGUCUUGGAGUCCGGCCGCAGGGAUGUGCUCGAGCUCGGGGACGCGGACUUCGACUACCUGGCAACGGAGCACGAGACCAUGCUGGUGAAAUUCUACGCUCCAUGGUAACGAAACCAGAAGUUAGCCUUUGCGUUAUCUUAGCUUAGCUAUAUUUGAAUGGAGACAUUUAUCAUGUAGUUUAUGAUGGUCUGACCUUUGACACGAGAGAAAGGCGGGAAAAAAGUACUUACAAAUUAGACAACCUCCAUCCCUCGAUCUCUCCUCCACCCCCCCAUCACUCCUCUAUCUCUCCUUCAUCCCUCCAUCUCUCCUUGACCACUCCUCCAUCCCUCCACCACUCCUCAAUCCCUCCAUCCCUCCUUCAUUCCUCUACCCCUCCUCCAUCCCUCCAUCUCUCAUCACUCCUCCAUCUCUCCUCCAUCCCUCCUUCUCUCCAUCCCUCCACUCCUCCUCCAUAUCCUCUCCAUCCCUCCAUCUCUCCUCUAUUCUCUUUAAUUUUCUCAUUUUUUUUCUCAUUUUCUUGUCUUGCCCCCCCCCCCCCCCCCCCCGUCCUUGGCCCCGCCCCCUCAGGUGUGGUCACUGUAAGAAGUUAGCUCCUGACUUUGAGAAGGCGGCGGCUCGUCUGAAGGGAACUGUGCAGCUGGCGAAGGUAAGACCGCUUUAUCUUUAAUGAAGUAUCUUAUAAGCAGGGUUCUACACCCUUGUCUCUCACCCCCCCCCCCCCCCAGGUGGAUUGUACGGCUCACUCGGACACCUGUUCUCGGUUCAGGGUCUCGGGUUAUCCCACUUUAAAGAUCUUCAGGAGCGGCAGAGACUCGGGUCUCUAUGACGGUCCUCGAUCUGCAGGUACGACUGUUACAGAACCACACCUGAGCCAGGUAAACGCUUCGUGGUUAACCUUCAGUACGUGUGUGUGUGUGUGUUUAGAUGGGAUCUAUCACCACAUGAAGAGGCAGAGCGGUCCAGACUCAGUUCUCCUGAAGACCGAGGAGAACCUGCAGACCUUCAUAAACCACUACGACGCCAGCAUCAUAGGUAACACAUGAUCACAUGACCUCUUACAGUCACAUGACCUCAGACUUGUCUGUUUCUAUGGUUUGAACCUCACACACUCUACUCUCAAAUUAUUGAAGGACACAUGAUCACAUGACGUGUGUGUGUGUGUGUCUAUCUAUCUGUGUGUGUCUGUGUAUAUCUGUAUGUGUGUAUGUGUUUGUAUCUGUGGUUGUGUUUGUCCCUCCCUCUCUGUUUCCCUCUCAGGUGUGUUCUCAGGUGAGGACAGCUCCAGGUCGGCUGAGUUCCUGCGUGCUGCAGCUCUCCUCAGGGAACAGUUCAGGUUUGCUCACAGCGCUGAUCUUCAGCUGGGGGAGAAGUUCGGACUGAACUCAGAGUGAGUGAACUCACCCUCACACAGUUUUAAAGACAGGGUCAAAGGUUAGAGGGGUCAAAGGUCAGAGGGUCAGGGGUCCAAGGGUUAGGGUUUGGGUCAGGUGACCAAAUAUGUUCCUGCCUUUGUAAUAAUAUUGUCUGUAUGUGACUUUUUUAAGCUAAGGUCGUUGUUAACCUCUCUGUUGGCCUUGUAUGUUUUCCUUUUUAAUGAAUCUUUAUUUCACUGUUUUAGCUCUGCGUGACUAACUUAACAGAUCAAACAUGUUAUUGUAGUACUAACAGUUUAUUAUUAUCUUAUUGUUAUCAGAGAAAAUAACUGUUAGAUUUUUUGUUGUUUAAUAUUUGUUGUUUGUUAUAUUUGUUGUUGUUUGUUGUAUUUGGUGUUGUAUAUGUUGUUGUUUGUUAUAUUUGUUGCUGUUUGUUGUAUUUGUUGAUUGUAAUAUUUGUUGCUGUUUGUUGUAAUUGUUGUCUGUUAUAUUUGUUGCUGUUUGUUGCUGUUCGUUGAAUUUGUUGUUUGUUAUAUUUGUUGUUGUUUGUUGUAUUUGUUAUUUUUGUUGUUGUUUGUUGUAUUUGUUGUUGUUUGUUGUAUUUGUUGUUGUUUGUUGUAUUUGUUGUUGUUCGUUGUUGUUUGUUGUGUCUGUUGUUUAUUAAUGUUGGUUGUUUGUUGUUGUAUCUGUUGUUUGUUGUUGUUUGUUGUCUUUUGUUGUUGUUUGUUGUUGUUAUUUGUUGUUGUUGUCUGUGGUAUUUGUUGUUUGUUGUAUUUGUUGUUGUUUGUAAAUAUUUGUCAUUGUUUGUUGUAUCUGUUGUUGUUUGUUAAUAUUUGUUGUUUGUUGUUGUUAGUUUUUAUUCCUUGUUAUUUGUUUGUGUCGUUUGUUUUUUUUCAUUGUUGUUGUCAUUGGUUAUUGUUGUUUGUUAAUAUUUGUUGUUUGUUGUUAUUUGUUAUUUGUUUGUUGUGUUUGUUGUUGUUUGUUAGUUUUUAUUCAUUGUUAUCGUUUGUUGUUUGUUGUAUUUGUUAGUUUUUAUUCGUUGUUAUCUGUUGUUGUUUGUUAAUAUCUGUUCGUUUGUUGUUGUUAGUUUUUAUUCCUUGUUAUUUGUUUGUGUCGUUUGUUUUUUUUCAUUGUUGUUGUCAUUGGUUAUUGUUGUUUGUUAAUAUUUGUUGUUUGUUGUUGUUGUUAUUUGUUAAUGUUUGUUGUUGUUUGUUAUUCGUUCAUAUUUGUCGUUUGUUGUUGCUUAUUGUUAGUUUUUAUUCAUUGUUAUCUGUUGUUGUUUGUUAAUAUCUGUUCGUUUGUUGUUGUUUCAGGGGCGUGCUUCUGUUCAGACCUCCCAGACUGGCCAAUAAGUUUGAAGACAGCGUGGUUGUCUUUAGAGAUUAUCUGACCAUCGGGUCUUUAAGACGCUUCAUCAGAGAUCACAUGUGAGUGUGUCCUCCAAUCAGAUCACAGCCUAACCUGCUUCACAUCAGGAGAAAAAACCUGUCAGUCCUGGGGCCUGUUCUACGAAGCAAGUUUGACCUAGCGAGGUAGCCUUGGAGCUACCUCGCUCAACUUAGCGCGGUAGCCAGCGGUCUCGUUAAACGGUCUUAUGACACUGGUUACCAACCUCGUAAGUGGAUCUAGCUUUGCUAUGAGCACAUACACGCAUGUAAGACAGAACACGCCGCAUCUGACCAAUCGUGAACAUGGACCAGUCUGGAGUGUCACAGCAGGCCGGAGAGUGAAGGACCGCGGACUUUACAAACGAGGAGCAGGAGACGAUCAUGAGAAAGUAUGAAGAAUUCAAAUCUAUCAUAAACCUCAGAAGCAACACCGUCGCCGCUGCAAAAGCACGGAAGGAAUGCUGUCAGAAAAUUGCUGACAGUCUCAAUGCAUAAGUAUAGUGCGCAAAAAAUCUUUGAUGCCAUUAUCACCCUGAAAUAGCACUGUUCAACAUGCGCUUUUAACAUGCACCAGACAUGUCUAAUUCAUUUCCAAGAUCAAUUCAUUAAUUUGUUCAUUCCUGUCGUGUUUACAUUUUUUGUGUGAUAUGUCGGCCAUAUAAGCCUUUCAUAAAGGUGGUCAUCCGGAAAAGUAAGUGGGUCCGUGCAGUCCCUGAAAACUCUUGCGCGCCGGAGUGUUCCUCGGACAAUGCGAGCACUGAGGCCUAUAAUAAUAAUAAAAAUAAUGCAUCAGAUUUCAUAUAGCGCUUUAUCAGAGACCCUCAAAGCGCUUUACAUUGGAUACAUCAUUCAUUCGCUCACACAGUCACACUUUGGUGGUGGUAAACUACCUUAGUAGUCACAGCUGUCCUGGAGCAGACUGACGGAAACGUGGCUGCCAGUUUGUGCCUACGGCCUCUCCGACCACCACCACACAACAAUCACAAUCAUACACCAGUGGACGACACACACUGGGAGCAAGGUGGGUUAAGUGUCUUGUCCAAGGACACUUAUUCCCCCCUAUCCCACAGACUUGGGAUAGGGGGGAAUCGAACCGCCAACCUUCCAGUUAUUGGACGACCGCUCUACCACCUGAGCUACUGCCGCCCGUCUAUAGGAUCCUCCAAGAACAGACAAGUCAUUUUUCAAGAGAGCUCAUUGGUCAGUGGGCGGGGUUUUUAUACUCAGUGAGUUCAAUCUGGAACCUAACCUGCCCUGGAGCAGGUUAGCCGUUCAGCGUAGGUUGCCAUGGAGACUCACCUCGCUAAGAAGUGAACCGGCGUCAUAAAACAGGAAACCCCGAACUUACCCUCGAAGUUACCUUGCUAAGCAGUAAUCCUGCUUCGUAGAACAGGCCCCUGGUCUGUCUAUCCCCGUCUGUCUGUCUGUCUGUGUCUGCAGUUAUGGACUCUGUCCUCACAUGACUCUGGAGAACAGAGACAGACUGAGAGUGAGGGACCUGCUGACGGCCUACUACAGUCUGGACUACUAUCACAACCCCCGAGGAUCCAACUAUUGGAGGAACAGGUGAGAACUCUUUCAGCCGCAGACAGGUACAGGUAAGGCACAGGUACAGGUGAUGCACAGGUACAGGUGAUGCACAGGUACAGAUUGUAAUUAUUAUUAUUAUCAUCAUUUAUUAUGAAUAUUAUUAUUAUAAUUAUUAUAAUUUAUUUUUUAUUAUUAUUGUUAUUAUUACUAUUUAUCAUUAUUAUUAUUCUUUGUUAUAAUCAGGUAGAAAAUCAACUGAGUGUGACAUCACAAGUCUACAUUUUAAAUGGUAAACAGGUUUUAUAUUUAUCCAUCACUUUAAGCCCCACCCCCUCUGUCCUGUCACCAGGGUGAUGAAGGUGGUAUCUAAAUACAGUGGGCAGGGCCUGACAUUCUCAGUAGCCAAUAAGAUGGAGUUCCUGUCUGAGUUGGAGGAGGACUUUGGCCUGGGGAUGUCGGAUGGAGGAGAGCUGCCGUUUGUCACCAUCAGAACCAAACUGGGUCACAAGUUCACCAUGAGGGAGGAGUUUACGUACGUGACCGAGUAAACCGGGCUUAACAAGACAAGACCAGGCUAAACCAGACUGAACCGGGCUUAACAAGGCUAAAACUAGUCUGGACUAAUCUAAGUGGAACCAGGAUAAUCCAAUGAUGCUGAACCAUACUAACUGAGAAAAUUAGGCUAAAGGGUUAAAUAUUGUGUGUGUGCGUGUGUGUGUGUGUGUGUGUGUGUGUGUGUGUGUGUGUGUGUGUGUGUGUGUGUGUGUGUGUGUGUGUGUGUGUCAGUCCUUGAAGAGGUUUCUGGACGAUUACUUCGCAGGUCAUCUGAAACAUUACGUGAAGUCUGAACCUUUACCUGAGAGGAACUCUUCACCUGUCCAGGUCAGUCUAAGGAACAUGGUCCGGUCACAUGGUCUGGGUCAGUUAACUUGGACUCUUUAGCACCAUAAGGUUUUUCAAACACUGUAAUCAAUACAAUACAAUACAAAUACAAUACACAAACUCAUCUGUGUGUGUGUGUGUGUGUGUGUGUGUGUGUGUGUGUGUGUGUGUGUGUGUGUGUGUGUGUGUGUGUGUUUUCAGGUGGUGGUGGCUGAGUCCUUCGACCAGGUGGUCAAUGAUCCAGAUAAAGAUGUUCUAAUCCAGUUCUACUCUCCAUCUUGUCCACACUGUAAAAAAUUGGAACCAGUUUACAGAGAGCUGGCCAACAAGGUAACAUCCAAUCUCCACCAGAACCAAACCAAAAAGAACCCAACAGAAAAGAACAGAGAAAAAUCAGAACGGAACAGAAUAGAACAGAACAGAACCAAACAGAACCGAAUAGAACAGAACAGAACAGAACCAAACAGAAAAAAAUAGAACAGAACAGGACUGAACAGAACGGAACCAAACAGAACAGAACAGAAUCAGACAGAACAUAACAGAAGAGCGCCCUCUGGUGUCUGCAGAGGGUUGGUGGAGAAGAGCUGCUGACUCAAAGCGUUUUUGUGAAAGUUUAUUUUUGUGUUGUUUAGAGAGUUUAGAGUUUAUGACUGAAUGAAUGAAUGUUUUUAUAAAGUUCUGUAGAGUUUAUGAAUGAAUGAAUGUUUUUAAUCUCUAUGAUUCUACCCCCCCCACACACACACACACACACACACACACACACACACACACAGCUGUACUACGACCCCAACAUCGUCAUUGCUAAAAUGAACGCUGCUGAAAACGACGUGCCGUUGAGCUACAAUGUUCAGGGGUGAGUUCAGGACUUCAGAUCCAGUCUAUUUUAGUCUGUGGUCUCAGGGGGAUCACCUGUUGGGGUCACCUGUUGGAUCAGGCUCAGGUGUGGAGCAGGUCUCAGCUCUCUGUUUGCUCUCUCUGCAGGUUUCCCACCAUUUUUUUUUCUCAGGCGGGUAGAAAGCACGAGCCAAUCAGAUACCAGGUAACUCCAGCACACUUAAACACACUUAUACACACACACUCACGCACACAUACACAGGUGACCCGGCUGUGGUUCUGGAGAGUCUGUCCUCCUGUCCUCUGAGCAGGUUCUUGACUCAGGUGAGACCGGCUGUCCUGACACUCGGGUUUACCUGAACACCUGCUGAGCUGUCAGUCAGGUGACCACAGACACAGGUGAGGAGGUCCUGAGGUUUACCUGCUGUCAAUCACACCAGGGGUCCGUUUCACGUAGGUGGUUCAACAAACUCUGAGUUAAAUCCUUAACUCUGAGUUGAUCUACUCUGAGUUAGGAAACUCUGAGUUUCCGGUUUCACAACACCUGAUUUGAGUCGGUUUUAACAACUCCGAGUAGUUUGACCUGGAGUUAAGCACGUGCACGCCAGACAUAAACAGCCAGCAUCUGUGGAGCCCAGAUUCAUUGAUCAACCAACGGAAACAGGGAGAAGGAGGGGGCAGCAGCAAGCCAACAGCGAAUUACAGCACGUUUUUAAAAGAAAGUGCAAUACAGCAGCAGCUGCAAAGGAGAGGGAGAGGGCAUGGGAGGAAAUUGCUGCUCACGUCAAUGCGUAACUUUAAAUCUAGUCUCGUGCAAUCACAAUGACAGACUGUUGCAGGGAAACUGCUUGCAUGGAGCCAAUUAAUUUAUUUUAUGUAGGUGCAAUCCAGCGGGACAAAAGUGCACUUGGCAGCAGCUGAAAAUUAAAUAUAAAAACAUUGUGCAAACAGGUGAGACAUCUGCAUUUUCUCAUUUUGAUCAUGUUUUACAUUGUCAAGUAAGUAUUAAGUGGCAGUUUGAUCCCUUAGAAAAUGCUCUUUUCACACUCAAAAAUGAAUUUUACUCUCUUAUGAUGUUCCGUUAAAUGAUUAGGAAUAUUAAACUAACUCUCAGUAUGUUUAUGUACAUAUAUUAAACUAACACACACUACACUCAAUAUUAGACUUUAGACUAUUAGACUAUAUUAGACUAAAACGGCUUGUCCGUUCUUGGAGGAUCCUGUAGACCUCGGUGCUCGCAUUGUCCGAGGAGGAGCACUCCGGUUUACAGGGAGAGUUUUCUCCGGAUGACCACCUUUAUGAAAGGCUCAUAUGGCCGACAUAUUACACAAAACAUGUAAACACGAUAGGAAUGAACACAUGAAUGAUUCAUCUUGGGAAUAAAUGGGCAUGAGCUGCAUGGGCUGCGCGAUCACAGACAACAUCUCGGUACUAUUUAGUAGCAGCGCACGCCCCUUAUUAUAACCCCCUAAAUACUGUUGUUCAGGACUGCUUACUUGUGCUUCCUACCCACUGUAAUAACCGUUGUUUUAGCCCACAUGCAACAUUUUUGUUCUCAUUCAUGAAACGCUUAAAUCAGGGACAUUUUCGGGGACAGAUCAUCCAAUUCGGGGACUGUCACCUUAGUUAAAAGCGCAUGUUGAACAGUGCUAUUUCAGGGUGAUAAUGGCAUCAAAGAUUAAUUUUCUGCCAGCAUUCCCUCCGUGCUUUUGCAGCAGUGACGGUGUUGCUUUUGAGGUUUAUGAUAGAUUUUAAUUCUUCAGACUUUCUCAUGAUCGUCUCCUGUUCCUCGUUUGUAAAGUCUGCGGUCCUUCACUCUCCAGCCUGCUGUGACGCUCCAGACUGGUCCAUGUUCGCGAUUGGUCAGAUGCGGCGGGCUCCGCCUUAUAUGUGUGCACGCGUUCAUGGCAAAGCUGGAUCCACUUAUGAGGUUGAUAACCAGCGUCGUAAAACCGCUUAGCGAGACCGCUGGCUACCGCGCUAAGUUGAGCGAGGUAGCUCCAAGGCUACCUCGCUAAGUUGAACUUGCUUCGUAGAACAGGCCCCUGGUUAGGUUCACAGAGUCUGUUACUAUGGUAACUGACCGCAAGGUUGAGUUACCUCUCUUUGUGAAACAGGUUAGAGUUACCCCUCUCUCUCUGGUUUAACUGACCCUCCUUUGUGAAACGGAAAACUCCGAGUUUCCCUGAUUUCAGGGUUAACAGACUCUGAGUUUCCAUUAAACCUGCUAUGUGAAACGGACCUCAGGUGUUACCCAUAAUCCUCUCUGACUGGUUACACCUGUGGCAAUCUGGAGGUGAGCUCAAAACUCCAUCUGAGGAUACAAGUACAAUCACUUGAGCCUAAACCUGGAUCUAAGCUCAGAGUGAUCUGUAAGGCAUCUUCAAUGCUUAAACCUCCUCCAGACUCCUCCGUCACACCGCCUCACCUCCACCUCCUCCUCCUUCUCCUCUCCUCCACCUCCUCCUUCUUCUGAACGUCAAACAGAACAUUAUCGCAAUUCUGAAUCUCCUAACCCGACAGUCACAUGAUCCCUGCAGUCACAUGACCCCUGUCAAACCUACUCUGCUGUGUCCUCAGGGUGGACGGGAGCUCCGGGACUUCCUGAAGUUCCUGCGGCGUGAGGCGACCCACAGUUUGGUUCUCGACGGAUUCAAAGACGAGCUCUGAGUCAGACCAAUCAGGACUGACCAGCUGCUCUUUGGGGGGUGGAACCAGACCUGAAUCUGGACCAGGGAAAGGAGGUUCCAGUUGGACAGCUGCUGGAUCCUCCCGAAAACCUAAACCCUGAACCCUGGACCCUGACCCCUGACCCCUCCACACCUCCUGGAAACCUCACAGUCUCAUCACGGCGCUCCAAACUCUGCAGAGACGCCCACCUGUGGAAAUAAAUGUCUCGGAGAGUCUGCAGAGACCCCUCAUCCAGGUCUGUAGGGCAGACCUGAACUCUUAUAGACAGGAACAGAGCGUGUGAGAGGACCUGGGGCCUCAUGUAUCAACGCUUGCGGCGCAAGAAAACCUUGCGUACGCCAAAAUCGGCGCACACGUCCAGAUUUAUCAUCGCGAAACGAGCGUCGGUUCCAGCGCUAAUCAACGCAAAGUCAGGAGGUGGUGUAGAAGUUGGCGUUGAGCCGAUACUUGCGUUGACUGUGAUUCGCACUUUGGCGACGCUGUGUGGCGGUGUUUGGUGACUCACUAUGUGACAAGCGUGCACCACAUCCCCGUGGCCGGGCAGCACGUCGCCCCACAUGACGAACCAGCAGCAGACGGAGGGAUGCGAGCUGAUCCCUGCCGGGCCGCCGUCCUCGCGCGGGAGAAUCUCAUCGCCACAGUGUGAAUGGGUAAGAAGUGAAUACACAGUUCAAUGAGCCAAAUUAAUUUAUUUUCUCCACCAGACGCUCGAGGAAAUUUACGAGCCGGUCCAGCCGCUCGUUGAUCCCCGCGAUCCCCCUGAUGAUUUCUUCCUGCGAUUGCAGGACCCCCUCCGCGAGGACCCUUCCACUGCGUCCGGGUGGUCCAGCGGAAGCGCCGCGGCUGGUGGACGCUCCACCGCUUGUCGGCGCGCUGGUGCUGAUGCUGGUGCUGAUGCUGGUGCUGGGGCCGGGGUGGCCCGAAUGCCGCUGGUCCUGGCCGACGACUCCGAGCCGGCGGACGGGCUGCCGCGGGCCGGGGUUCCGCAAGCCGGCGACACGGCCGACACAUUAAUUUCUGUGACACAAUAAAAAUAUUAGUUCAUUUCAAUUCCUGCUUCUGUGUAUCUGUUGCGUUUACAUCUCUCUCCACGGUAUCAUAGGUAAUGUAAUCCAGUAUUUCGAGGUCAGUUAUGCACAUUACAGUUGUUUAUUGCAUAAAAAGUUAUUGAAAAAUGAAGUUAAGGGCGAAGUAUAAAUCACGUCUAAAAAUAGACUGAAUCCCGACGUUGAAAUGAAGUAUAAACUUAGACUAGACGUCUAAUAUACGUCUUUUGCUCAGUGGGAUGACAAAGCAUGUGGACAUUUGUGUGACACGCCACUUACCCUAUAAUAAUAAUCGCCACCACCCGCUGCUCAAACGGUGUGAGGGUCUCCUCCCCCGGACCCCCACCUGUCUGGCCGGUACUCCUCCGGAGGGCAGCUGUACGCCGCUUGACCUCCACCUUGAGGUCCGACCACUUUUUUUUAAUCUCCGCGGGGGUGCGUGUCUCGGAACCCACCGCAUUCACCCUCUCGCAAACUUUCUCCCACUCCAAGCGUUUUUGUUUUGCACUGACGCCACUGGACAGGCUGCCAAACAAAACACGCUGUCGCUCCUCCACCUCCGCCACCAGCACCUCCACCUCGCACGCCGUAAAUGUAGUUUUUCUUGUCAUUUUGUCUGCGUGCGAGGACAGGGAGACCCUAUUUAAAUAAAUCUGCAUAUUUAUAGGAGGGCGUAACGGGGACGGGCCCAGUCACUCCGACAUCUGCGCUCAAUUCCACGCUGAUUGGGAUUUAUCAAGGAAACACACGUGGAUUUCGGCGCCCGCACACAUUGAUACAUACGGAUUUUUUUCAGCGUGACGGACCUUGCGUGCGCUCGUUUCUGGUAUGAGUUCCACGCAAGUGUUGAUACAUGAGGCCCCAGAUCCGGAACCGGACCUGAGGCUUUGUGACGGUUUCAUCCACGACAUCACCAGAACACCUGCAGAUGUUCUUAUUUCUUUUUCUUUAUUUUAUUUUAAUUUAUUUCAUAUAUUUUUUUGUAUUAAUUUUAUUUUAUUAAUUUAUUUGUUUUUUUAUUUUAUUGAACUUUAUUUAUUAAAUUUAUUUUAUUAAAUCAUUUAUUUAUUUGUUUGUUUAUUUAUUUUAUUUAUUUAAUUUUUAUUUGUUUAUUUAUUUAUUUUAUUUAUUGAUUUAUUUAUUUUAUAUUUAUUUAUUUGUUUGUUUGUCUGUUUGUUUAUUUAUUUUAUUUUUAUUUAUCAGUUUGUUUAUUUUAUUUCCUAUUUUAUUCAUUUAUUUUAAUUUUAUUUAUUUGUUUGUUUAUUUAUUUAUUUAUUUAUUUUUUGUUUGUUUGUUUGUGGGGGAGUGGCCUUAGUGUGCUUUUGGGGAGUAGAAAUGCAUGCUGGGAAACAUGAAGACAACAAAAACUGAAGCUGAAUAUUUGAAAAAAGAUUUUUUUUUAAUGUGGAUUAUUUUUUUAAAAACAAGUGAUUGUUGUUUUGAUGGUUUCAGAUUUCUUUUUCCUUUUUUUGUGAAUCAGAGAAAUAAAAACUUUAAAAUCUCUUCAUCAAUAAACAUCCUAAAAAUAAUAAGGGCUGAGUUUAUUGAUCAGACUGUCUCUUUUUCCACUAACCCUUUAUUAUUCAUGUGUUCAUUUGUCACUUUACUCUGACCUAAAGGUAAAGCUGAAGCAGGUGUUACUGGUAAAAUUCAGAGACAAUCGUCAGCUGAAGAAAAUUUCGGCAGAAAAAAACACCUACAGGUGGCACUAUUACACAGGUCUGUUUGUUGUUAUUCAUAUCUUUAUUGAGAGGGAUUGCGAAGCAUACUGAAAGCCCCUGGCCUCUCCUGCGGACGUCCAGAAUCCUGUUCACUGUGUAGGCGGGGUGGUCGUGGUGCUGGGGGCUGGAGGGGGCAGUUGGUGACAGGUUUAAGGAGGGAGACAUGGAAUACCGGGUGAAAUGAAAUCUCACUCAGGGGUCGAUCUCUCCAUGUGGGAUCCCUUCACCAAGUUUUUUGGCAAGUAUUCAUCACUCGUGACAUCUAUCCUCACUUCUAUUGCAGUGUUUGCGGCCAUCCUGGUGUGUUGCGGUUGUUGCUGUAUCCCCUGUGCCCGUUCCUUGUGUAACCGUCUCAUUGUGACUGCCCUGGAGAAAAAGGGGGACUCUCCUCCUCCUCCUUAUCAGAUGCUACAAUACCAACCGGUCCCCACCUCUGACCCCACAGGGGAGCCCUCUAGCUCUCUCCCAUCUGCUUCUAGCCAUAGUACCGUUGAUGACGACCCAAACUCCUCAGUGUCCAUGGAAUUCAGGCUGUUGGGCGCCCAUUAAAAGUGAUCUCUUUGAAGAGAUCAAAAGGGGGAAUUUGUGGGAACUCACAGGUUCAUGCUAAUCAUUUAACCAUCACAUGUUCACGCUAAUCAUUUAAUCAUUGAUGACAAUCAUUUAAUCAUUGUUUCAGGUAAUUAACUGUUUUCUUAUUGUGUUUACAUUCUUUUGUGUGCUCAUUGCGGACAUGUACUGAUGAGUCAGAUAAGAAGGUUUAAUGCUAACACGGGGGCAAUCGACCACUGUGUCACAAUGUAUAGAACAGAGACUUUCAGUAUAGAAGGAUUUUAGCUUAUGCCUAGAAGUGCCAAGGGUUGGUAAGUAUGGUUUUAAACUGUUCUGCCUUAACAGUCAUUUAUUUGAAGUGUGUAUUAUAAUCAUAACAGUCAUUUAUUAAAAAGUGUGCUUUAUAAUCAUCACAGUCAUUCAUUAAAAGUGUUCCUUAUAAAAGUGCUCUAUGACCCUGACAUAUGCCUUAGAUAAUGAUGUGCCUUUCAUAAACAGAUGUGCAGGUGCUAGUCAGAGAUGUGAACAACAGGACGAGGGAGGAAGAUCACUCUGUCCUGAGAAGAUGUGGAGGUGUAAAGGGAGGGUUUGCAUGCCCAGCAGUCUGAUCAGUGGGAACUCAGUGAAAGCUUGGAAUACAUGACGCAAAUAUGAUAAAAGGAGACAAGCGCUGGAUGCAUCCAAGGUCAACUUCCCUGAAACCACGGUUUCGGUCAGGUAAAAACAAUAGAACAAUACGUGCUUGUUUGUCCAUAGAGAAACACUGGGGACUGCUGGUUAUGUAAACUCUCCGCCCAUAAAGAUGAUGAGACGCCUCCUAGGGUAUAACUAUUAACUACUGAAAAAUAGUAAUCAGACCACCUCAGAGAUACCAUUGGGUUGAUGUUGUGCUCUCCAAGAUAUCUUGUGUUAUUUGAUGUGCCGAAAUAAAAGGUUUGUUGAAGACACCUUUUUGCCUCAGUGAAUCCUCUGUUCCAGUCUCCAUCAACGGACUCGGGGAAGUUUGAAUUAACUUCAACAAAACUCAGUUUGAAUUUUUCAAGUUGAUGUAAAUUAAAUAUAUUGUGUAAUGUGUUCAUGUGUCAUUUACAUUUUUUUUUCUACUUCUUUCAUCUUGAAGGCUUUUUCAGACAUCUUUAAAAUUCUUUACCACAUUUUCUGCAAUGUUUAAAUUCCGUUCUUUUACAAUUUUUUCAUAGAACUUCUACUUUAUCUCUCCAAGUGUUUUUUCAUUCAUACAACUUCUAUUUCUUUUUUAUUAUCUUCUUCAGUUCUGUUACGGUUUAAAAAUUCAUACAACUUCUACUUCUUACACUUCGACUCUUCAACAUUUACAUUUUACAUGUAUACUUUCCUCUAUUUUUUUUCCACAGUUUUGCUUUUCAGUUUCCAGCUUUCAGCAUUUCCACGCAUUUUCUGCAAGGAAAUGCAACUUUUCUAGUUUUUAUUGACUUACACAAAGUACAGAAAAAAGAGAUGACCCCAAAAAGUAACACAGACCAAAGAGAAAAAUAAACUAAAAUGGAGUUUCUUCAAACUGAGACAAUAAACUCCUGCUGUUCACUGUUUUGGUAAAAAUAUAUGAAUUAUAAUGGAGUAAUAAUGAAGUCUGGAAAAAGUCAGAUUUUUUCCUGUAACAUCUUCUUAUGGAACUUCAGAUUAACCCAAUAAACGUCAAAAUAAAAUAAAAACAUGUUUCUCCUGUAAUUACGUUAAUGUUGUUGUUGAUCAUAUAUUUAUAUUUCAACAUAAAUCUCAGCUGAUGUUUUGUGUCAGAGCUGAUAAGGUGACAGAUUUUCAUUAUUAUCACACUUACUUUAGAUUAAAACAGAUUAAAUUUUGCUGUAAAAGUGAGUUUAUCUCCAUAUUAUUGACAUUUACAAUGCCUGAAUAUGCUAAAAUAAGGUUCACUUAGUCAAUUUAACCAUUUAUUAGGAACCGAGGAGCCGAUCUGACGGAGACAACAAAGUUCCCUCAGUAAUAAAUAAAGUUGAUUUUAUCUUUAUUAAACUAAUAAAACUAAAAAGCUUCUCAGAAAAACCCAGAGGAGUCAUUUUAAAUAAAGGAUUAUUUCAUGAUUUUCAUUGGUAAAGGCUUCUGUCCGUCAUACAAUCCUCUCAGUUGAUUGGUCUUUUACAUGCUGGUUUUCCCGCCCCUGCCUUUUAGCCCUCCCUUUCCUCGUGCGCCCCAGAACCUUCCAAGCUACCUGUCCGACUCGGUCGUGAAAAUGUUCGGUCAGCAGGUCCUAGUGCUCAGUAAGUACUUGAAAAUAACACCGUUUUUACUCCCUUAAAGGUUUAAGAUAACGGGCCGGUACCGGAACCGAAGCCUUGGACAGAGAGAGGCCCGGAAACGACACAAUGCAGGGACCGGCACGCGCUGUGUGCUAACCGGCUAACCGUCUGAUAGCUAGUUAGCAUGUUAGCAUCCCGGAGAGCAUGUGGAGAGAUUAAAGUCUGAUAAUCUGAGAUAAUCUCACACUCUGACUCCGGAUUUAACUUCAAUAAUAACCGUUCAUGUGUCUGAAUGAGGGCCUCUGGUUAGUUAAUGUUAAUGUAUUUAAUUAAACUAAUAAUUAUCUGUGUUAGCCUCUAAUGUUAGCUACAGCCUGAAACCACACCCUCAGAUCGAAAAUUCAAUUAGAUUAUUAUAAUAAUGCCGUUGUUCUAUUAUUAGUUAUUAGUGGAAAUGAAGAGGACAGUGCUGCAGGAUGAGUCCUUCUGAUAAUCAAUAAUCACUCAGCUUUGAUUAUAUCAGAUGAAGUAGAUCAAUACAUAUUACUAAUAUUAAAGAUAAUGUUAAAUAAUAUUUAAGAUAAUAUUAAAGAUAAUGUUAAAUAAAAAUAUUAAAUAAUAAUCUUAAGGAUAAUUUAAAUAAUAUUAAAUAAUAUUAACGAUAAUGUUAAAUAUUAAUAUUAAGGAUAAUUUGAAAUAAUAUUAAAGACAAUUUUAAAGAUAAUGUUGAAUAAUAAUAUUAAGGAUAAUUUGAAAUAAUAAAAAAUAAUAAAGACAAUAUUAAAGAUAAUGUUAAAUAAUUAUUAAAUAGUAAUGUUAAAGACAAUAUUUAAGAUAAUGUUAAAUAAUAGUGUUAAAUAAUAAUAUUAAAGACACUAUUAAAUAAUAUUAAAGAAGAGAGACAGAAGCUCGGGUUAAAUCUAAGGAGGAGUUUUUUGUCUGUAAAAAUGAGAUCAAACCUGAAGUCCUCUGUUAAUGAUCAAUAAUCAUCAAGGGUUUCCCCUAGGAUUUUUUAAGCUGUGGUGGUGGGCUGCAUGAGAGGUGGACAGCCGCAAUUUGUCGUGCCACUGCUUCUUUGCUGGUGACAGCAGAAUUGUUUUAUAUCAUGACAAAAAAGAAUUUUUAUGAAUAACAGUUAUUUAUUUUUUGCCAGUCUUGAACAAAGACAAGAAAGUUUCUACCAUUACUACUCGCAAAGCUUGCAUCCUAUCUGAGAGCACUUCAUUUUUCUUGAUUUUUAAAAAAAAACCCAAGAUGGGAAUCUAACUGUGGUGGUGAGUUAACCCAUUAAGACCUGAACCCUGUCUGAGACUCACCUCCCAAAUCCUGAGGGCCAUUUUGAGAAGGGCCCCCAGAUCCUGAGGUUUUCUCAAUGUUGAGGUUUACAAAAAGCUGAUAUCUCAGCCUCUGUAGCAGAUAGAAACAACAUUCAAAAAGUAUUUGAGAGCUUACACAUGUGGCUUUCAAGAUGACUAUAUUUUAUUUUUCUGAAACUUCAUCAGAUUAUUGAAAACCUUAAACUCAAAUGAAAUAAAGCAGCUGUAUAAAUAAAAGUAAAGACUCUGCACUGGAGAAUAACAAACUAUUUGCUUUCUGCAAAACAAGUGGCGGUCAUGAUAAAGUGUCCAUUCAAUACAAAUGCAAAUAUAAAAAAUAAAGUGUUGAAAGGGUAUACAGCUGCCCCAGUAUAGUGCCAGUACAAAAGCAGCACUAAAAAUAAAUAAAUGAGCGGCUGAUAGUGUGUUCAUGUCUGUGCUCACCCAAAGUCAUGCAACACUCACAGAAAUCGCCGAUAUGGUGAGCCAAAGAACUCAAUAUGAAGAGGUUGUUCACCCUGCUGGAUGCUUCUCCUCCAAAGCUGCUCUCUGCCUCUAUCAUUGUUUACUUUCUUCAUGAAGCACGUAGCAAGAUCCGAGCAUGAAUCGGAUUGCUUUAUUAAGCUUUAUUAGCCUAUCAGAGGCAGACGGGUAUGAUGAUUUGAUUCACCACGACUCCAGAAAUGAUUGAAAAACUACAAAAUGUUACAAGAUGACGUAUCCCGGCUCGAAGAGUAGACAUGCGCAGCCGUGCUCCCAGCUUGGAAGGUUGAAAUGCGUACAUGCUGUCCCAGUUUAAAUGGGUUAAUGGGGGUUGGGGGGAGUAAUGAAGCAGCAGUGACAUCGCCAACGAUAACUCACGAAUCCUAAUACUUGGCGCGUGCACGUAUGUAUAUACAUAUGAGCCCAAGAUCGAGCUAUGUAAGAAAACACCUCAUUUUAAAGGUGUGGCGGUUUUUAUUUAGCUGUGGCGGUGCGCCACGUUCAAUUGCAUGUAGGGGAAACCUGUCAUCAAUAAAGUGUUUGUGUAUGUUAUUUUUUUCAGGUGAUCAAGUCAGACCUUUCAGGCACUUUCAUAACCCCUGUGCGCUUUCAGAGCGGACAGUCCUGUCCUCUUCAGUUUGAUGGUUUAGUUUUUUAAAAAAAAAGGAUUUUUAGUGUUAAAGUGAAGAGCGAGAUCAAUAAUUAAUGUCCGAUACGUUCAUCAGACUCCCUCUGAAUCUGUUCAGGCGCUCGGGGUUGACUCUUGUUGCCAUGGUAACAGAACUUUAACAGUCCUCUGUGAACCCGAUCAUCAGUCAGAGGUUAAGAACUCGUGUUUGGUUUUUUCUCUGCAGACCAGAACGUGAAGAGAGAGUCAGGACGUAAAGUUCAGACCGGAAACAUCAACGCCGCGAAGGUGAGACCGUCCUUUGAUCCUCAAACCAGAUCCAUCAGACUCUGGACUCAUGUUUACUCUGCCCAUCUCUUUCACAGACCAUCGCAGAUGUGAUCCGGACCUGUUUAGGCCCACGGGCCAUGAUGAAGGUGAGCCUCAGAACUAAACAUGCACCAAUCAAUCAGCCGGCCGAUCGAUCGGCACCAAUUCCCUCUAAUUUGGGAGAUCAGUGGUCAGCUGAUCUUUACAUAUGAAACCAAUUUUAUCCACCGAUCUUAUCAACCUCAGCAAAGGUCUGAAAGUUGGCUGUUGGCGCUUUUUGAUUUAACAGACUGACAGGCCCCGCCCAUCAGGUCACAUGUCCACCCACACAUAUGUCAGUGGCAACCGCACACAAAACAGUCAUCCAGAGCGUGAUCAACCAAACAUGCUGAACCCACUACAGGGAAACCUAAACCUCAGGACAGUUUAUGGUUGGUUUAAGUUGUGCUGUUUUCUAUUUUUUAAACAAUAUUUUAUUAUGUUUUUACAUAUAAGAAAAACAUACAAAUAACACUGCAGCAAUAGCAAUGAUGUAUAAAUGCACUAUACAACAAAACUAUCAAAAAAUUGAAAGGAGAAAAACAAGUGAAUAAAUAUAAAAAUAUUUAAAAAUAGUAAUAACACAAGUAAAACAGUAGUAACAGAAAAAAAACAGCUGAAAAAGUAGCCGCAGUGGUGACUUGAAGACCUCAACAACAUUCUCAUCCUCCAAAAAUUCCAAAUAAGGUUUCCAUACUGUAAUAAACUGUUUUCUUUUCCCUCUGACAAUAUAUGCAAGUCUUUCCAACGCAAGAUAUGUUGCAAUCUCCUUCAACCAAAAUUUUACAGAGGGCAACUAUAUACUUUUCCAGAAAAGAGUGAUCAGUCUUCUAGCUUGUAGAAGCCCAAAAUCAAUCAAUACUGAUUGUUGAGUUGACAACUAAGUUUGGGGUAUAUACCCAGGAUAUAGAGUUUGGCUUGCAGGCGAACAUCCUUACCCACCAUCUGGGAAAUGGCCCGCAUCACAUUCUGCCAAAAUGAUUGGGUCGGGGUCAGGAGAUUUUUUAUUUUUAUUAUUAUGUGAUUGACUUAAUAUGUAAACUUAGCACUUCAGAAAUCGGCCCUUUAAAUGACACUUGGACGGUCAGCAAAUCCUCCUGGCUGCUUUGCUGACAAGAACCAAUCAUAGGCCAAACUGUGUUCCAUUAUUCAAAUCAUGCGCACACUCUUCACGUGUACUUGGAGUGCUUGAAGAGCCUGUGGUAGCAUUGCAAAGCUGCGAGAACGAGAAGCAGGACUUAUCCACGCCGGUGUUGUGCCAUAGAAUGCACCCCUGCCGUAGAAUGCCCCCCUGAUGAGAGCGCGGUUGAAAGUACAUAACAAAGCGAAAUAAUCCAAGUUUUCCUUACCGUUGGACGGAUUCAAAAGCGUGUGCCUUUAAUGACUUCAUUCAGGUUAUUCAAAUAAGCCGAAAACAACAGCCCUCUAAAUCAGAAUAUUCGCUGUCCCGAGACAUUGUGUCAUUUUUGAGACACAUUUAAACAGAACGAAAGUUUGCUAGUAGUCAUGAUCCAAAUACUCGUGCCUUUGUAAAAUAUGAGCUCAUUUUCUUCCACUUUAAGAAGCUAAUGAGUGGACAGGAUGCAGGGGUGCAUUCUAUGGCACAACACCGGGGACAAGGUAGACCAGAGCGUAGCGUACACAUUUACCUGCAUUUACCAGCUGAUUGAAUUUGGUGAGUAAUGGUUUCAAUCGUUUUCAUAUUUUGUGGUAUAACAAAGUUACUGCCGUUCGCUACAGCUUGCGUUGAACACUGCCAGAGCUAGCCAAAUCUCCAGUGAGAAAAUAGCUCCCAUUUGCUUGAUAUUAAGUUAGCGUCAAGCUUGUGUAGUUAACAGUAACAUAAAAGAAGAAACACAAGCUUCUUUCUAAUAUCUCUGUAAUUGGUAUUUCGGGGACGUGUGAGGAUAAUAUUCAGGUGAGGGGCUGAAAAGGCUGAAGGUGAAGUGGUAAACUCUAGAACUUGUUGUCCUAUGCUUUGGCCCAUGCUUAAAGCCUUUUGUGACAAAAUAAAAACAUGUGAACCCUGGUCUUUUUAACACUCCUUUUCGCCGCUGAUGUUAUUCAUUGAUUCAUUAAAACGUAAUGGUUUUGAGCCAUCUAAAAUAGCGAAAGCGGGUGUCUCGCGUUUACUGCUCUGCAGGGCUCUCAUGUCUCACGCAUUCAGCGUGUGACACACGCGUUCCCACCCGUUCACACGCUCAGAAAUCAACUGAGUUGCUCCGAGAGUUCAAAAGCUGCAUGCCACGCGCAAGCCAAUCAAAUAAAGUAUAUCUACUGAACAGCCAAUCAAAAAGCAGCAUUGCUGUAUCCGGGUAGAUUUUGAUAUCUUGUGGUUUGACUACAGAAGAAGACAGACACUCGCCGAAAUAGAGCAGGUUUUUAUAAGGACGAGGUAGACCCGAUGAUUACAGUAAGUCAGUAACCUACACAUGCAAAGACCUCAACACCUCAUGGCAGAUAAACUCAUAUGAUAAACUAAAGCCUUAUGCUAUUGCUAUUAACAGCUGUAUUGAUGAAUUUAGCCUCUGUACAGCCUUUCCAGCCAUUUUCCCCUCCACAAAAGCAGCAUUUCUUAUAUAUUCUUUUCAAAGUUCUGACAGUGUAACACUCAUGUACCAAAGGAUUAAGUAUCUCCAUGUUUGUGAAAUGUAUACUAAAGUACAAUUCAUCUAAAUGCUCCUCAGUGCUGAUUUUAGCAACUCUCCUCCACAACAGGUAACUUUACAACUUUAUUCUUAUAUAUUAUUGACUUAUUCUCCUAAAUAAUAACUUUAUUGUCUAAGAAUUCCUUGGAAAUUAUUUUGUAGCCCUCUCCUGACUGAUAUCUUUGAAUAAUGAGAUCCCUCUGAUGCUUUGGAAGCUCUCUGCUGACCAUGGCUUUUGCUGGAAGAUGUGGCUACAAAAAAAAUGUCAGGAAAAGCCUACUAGAACAGCAGAACUUUAUUUGGGGUUGAUCAGAGGCACUUUAAUUGGUGACAGGUGUGUGCUGACUCCAAUUUAACCUGAAUUUGAAUGUUAUUGGUUAAAUCUGAACACAGCCACAUCCCCAGUUAUUAAAGGGUGCAACCACAUGAUCUCAGUUGUUUAUUUUUACUUCACCUCCCUGAAAGAUUUCUGUUUGUUUUUCAAUUCUGUUGUACAGGUUAUAGGUCACAUUAAAGGUGGAAGAAGUUGUAAAAAUAUUUAUCUUGCUGUCAUUUUCUUACAUCACAAAAACCUGGCAUUUGAACAGGGGUGUGUAGACAUUUUAUAUUCGCUGUAUAUCCUCUCCAAUAUCGACUUUCCAUGCUUCUAAUCUGUCCUUAGAUGAUUCCUUUUCAUAAGAUAUCAAAGUCCCAUAAAACAAAGAUACUAGACCCCUUUUAGCCAGAUUUGUAAUGAUCAGGUUUUCAAGAUUUAUCAAAGGUGGCUCAGACAUUUAGCCUUUAUUUUUGAUAAUAUAAAAUGUUUCAGUUGUAAAUAUUUGAAAAAAUGCUUUAUUGGUACAUCAUGUUCCUUACAUAUUUGCACAAAGCUAAGUAGUUUGCCAUCUCUAUAUAGAUUACCUACACAUUACACACCUUUGGUUGCCCAAAGCUUGAAACCACCAUCACCUCUACCUGGUGUAAAAUCACUGUUUCCCCAUGUAGGAGAAAAACGGUAUAAAGCAGGGAUGUCUCCAAUAUGCUGGUGCACAUGAUACCAAAUGGCAAUGGCAUUUUUAAGAAAAAGAUUCUUUGUCUUUUUUUCCAAUGUUUUAAGAUAUGCUGAAUAUAGCUUGAGGGGUAGUUCUGACGUAGUUGUUUGUUCAAUAUUUACCCCAGCUGGAAGAAUAUCUGAGCUAAAAUAAAAUGAAGCAGAGUGUAAUUCAGUUUUGUUGUUAGUUUGCCCUGUAGAUUAUUAUUCUACUAACUUCCUCAAACUUUGAUUUCCUUUAUUUUUCUAAGUAAAAUACUGCUGUGAACUUUAUUUUGGUAAGAGGCUCAAAACAGGCCUGCGGUCUGACAGGUGACCAAUCAGAAACUGAUACAGCACCUGUGUGUGUGUGUGUGUGUGUGUGCGUGUGUGUGUGUGUGUGUGUGUGUGUGUGUGUGUGUGUGUGUGUGUGUGUGUGUGUGUGUGUGUGUGUGUGUGUGACGCCCAGAUGCUGCUGGACCCUCAGGGGGGGAUCGUGAUGACUAAUGACGGGAACGCCAUCCUCAGAGAGGUGAGUGUGGAUCUAGAACAGCUGUGCUCUGAUUGGUCAGCAGCUGUCUCACUAAGAGAACAGCUGCGCUCUGAUUGGUCAGCAGCUGUCUCACUAACAGAGGUCACACUCUGGUCCAGAACGUCUGUGUGUGUUUUUGACGGGCUGCUUUUGUGGGCAGGGCCAAAUGCAGCCUCUUAUUUUUUUAAUUAAAACCACUUAUGAAACUGUGUCUCCAUGGCAACAGAUCCAGGUCCAGCAUCCUGCAGCCAAGUCCAUGAUCGAGAUCAGCCGCACUCAGGACGAGGAGGUCGGAGACGGAACCACAUCGGUCAUCAUCCUGGGUAAGAGGAUAGACCGGAGUGUGGUGGUCGGGUCUACGUGGUCCAGAUCCCCUAGAACACACCUGUUCUCAGUGUGUUUGAAAUUAUGUGAAACUAAAAACACUCAAGUUAAAAACACAGCUGUCAGUCUUGGGCGUCGAAAACAACAACACUCACUUUAAUCAGUGCUUUUUUUUUUUUUUUUAUAACUUAAAGUUUACUAAUUUUUCAAUGUUGUAACAAAGAAACGAACAUCGAACAAACAGAUGUAAUGGAGGUCAAAAAUAGAAAUAAUGAUCAAAUAAAUAAAAUAAAAUAAAAAUAAGACAGGCAGGUAAGUUGGCAAGGUAAGACAGUUAAUACACCUGUCCCAUUUUUCUUUUCUCAUUUUCACAGUUUUAAUCUCCCCGACAUCUUCUCUCAUGCUCCAGUCUCCAUUUUUAAUCCAGUUUUUAAUAUUUUACAACUGUAUUUAUUCAACAGGAUCACCUAAGGAGACAUCAUCUGGUGAUCUGGGAAGUUUGUAAUUUAAUGAUUUGCUCAUAUAGUCUAUAACUUUUUCCCAUAAGGGGAGGACCUUAGAACAUUACCAUGAAUAAAUGUUCCACUGUCGGCCCCACACUUCCAACAUAGAUCAUUAUUAAUUAAACCCAUUCUGUUAAGUCUUGAUGGUGUAGAAUAAUAUCUAUGAAUUUUUUUAUACUGAAUAAAUUUGCCUCUCAUGUAUUCUUCAGUGUUGGAGAUAAGAUGAUAAGAACUUUAUUAAAGGUGGUGUAUUCAAGAUCUGAUGAAGUUCCAGUUUUUAGGGGAAAUCUUAAAUAUCAACUGUACCCCUCCCACCAGUUUUCCCCUCAGCUCCUCCUCUCCCCUCCCACUCUGCUCCAGCAAGCCCCGCCCACAAACAGACGCUCCUGCUCGCUCGUAUCGUUCCAAUUCAAUUCAGAUAUAAUGCAGAUAAAUGCUUAAGAUAACUGGAAAAAUUGCAUUUCCUUACAGAAAAUGCGUGGAAAUGCUGAGUGCUGAAAGCUGAAAAACCGAUGCAAAACUGCUAAUAAAAAAUGAAGGAAGGUUUAAAUGUAAAAUUGGUUAAAGGGCUGGAGAAAGAUAAAGUAGAAGUUGGAUGAAAGUGAAAAUUGCUGAAGUACAAAUGGUAUAAAUGUGCUUUAUAAAUUAAAAUUGCAUUCAUGCUGAAUUAGGCGUACUUUGUUAAAGCGGUUUACCUGUCCAGCAGAAAGGUUACAGGGUCACCAUGAUCCCAAAGCAUCUCCCAUCGUUUAUGUUGACCCAGGUUUUUAGCUCUUGUCCGGUCUACCUCCAUUUUAAGUGCCCGUUAUUCCACCAGAGUCUCCGGUAUUUACUUCGUUUUCUUGCUUGUGUUGGCAGUCGUGGCCAGAGGAGGAUUCAGACAAUAACAUCAAUAACUAAAAACUAUUGACUGAUAUUAAAAGAUUUUUUUGUAUUUUCACCUCAAAAAAGAUGCUCCUUUAACGGAUUCCUGCCUACACCACCUUUAAGACAGAUGGAUCCCUUCCCAUGUUUUUUUAUCCAGUGUAUAAGACAGAUCUUUCUUACAAUUGUUACAACCAUGAUUAUUUGUCCAAGGACAUAUCUCACACCAUCUUGAAGCUUCAGGAUGUAUUUUGGGUAACUGCAAGUAGGAUUUGAUUGGACCUCUGUCCUGAUCAACAGGAACCUCCUCUGUGAUACAGUCUCUUAUUUUUAAGUACUACCAAAUUUGGACUCUGCCCUCUAAAUUAAAAUUUUCUUUAAAUCUAAUAGAGGAAAGAAAAUUAACAUUGUAAUCAGCUGUUUUUUUUACACUCUGAGAAAACAGUCUUUGAAGAGCCAAUCAGAGGCUGAACUGUUGUCAUCCAUCCAUCCAUCUGUCUGUCUGUCUGUCUGUCUGUGUUUGUGUGUCUGUGGGCAGCUGGGGAGAUGUUGUCUGUAGCGGAGCAGUUCUUGGAGCAGCAGAUGCAUCCCACCGUGAUCAUCGGAGCGUACAGACGGGCGCUGGAAGACAUGCUGGAGACCCUGAAGGAGAUCAGGUACAAACAGAGAGGCUUUUAUUUUGAAGGGCAACAGGAAGUGGGUCUGAAGUUUUUUAUUUAGGUUGUGAUAAAGACUCUUACUUUGACCUUUGACCCCAGCAUCCCUGUGGACACGUCGGACCGCUCCAUGAUGCUAAAGAUCGUCCACUCGGCUAUCAACACCAAAGCUCUGAGCCGCUGGUCCGAGCUCGCCUGCUCCAUAGCUCUUGACGCCGUCCGCACCGUGGAGCUCGAUGACAACGGCCGCAAAGAGAUCGACAUCAAGAAGUACGCCAAGGUGGAGAAGGUGAGACUCACAACUCAUGGACUGUAUAAGCCCCGUCCCUCACGCCAUCUGUGGUCACUGAGGCAGUUUUGAAGGUUUCUCCUUCAUCUCUGUGACCUGCAGACCAAGGGUCACAGUCAGACUGCAGAGGUCAAAGGUAAGCCCAGUAUCUUUUAUCCAGUGAGAAGAUACAUGAAUAAACAUACAGACAGGGGCCGCUGUGACCUGCGCUCAGCCGAGUUCUCUGCAGGUGUUCAUGUUCUUGUUGUGUUCUCGCUUCCCGUUCAGAAGAUCUUCAGUCCCUCAGACUGUCUGAUCCGUCUGUAUGUAGGAGACCAGAGUCCAGACUCAUGGGUUUUUGGGGUCACUAAAGUUCUGGUUCUGUUCAGGUUCCCGGGGGGAUCAUCGAAGACUCGUAUGUCCUCAGAGGAGUGAUGGUCAACAAAGACGUGACCCACCCCAGGAUGAGACGCCUCAUCACGAACCCCCGAAUUGUCCUGCUGGACUGUUCGCUGGAGUACAAGAAGGGGGAGAGCCAGGUAACACACACACACAAGCACACACAGAAACACACACACACACACAUAUAAACUACUCACAAAAAGUUAGGGAUAUUUGGCUUUCAGAAUUUAUGGAAAAUGUAAAAAGUUCACGCUACAGUGAUAUUAUAUCAUGAAAGUAGGACAUUUAAGUAGACGGAUGCACUGGUGAUUUCCUCAUCUCAAACAAUUUAUUGAAACAAAAAUUAACAACAAUGGUGGGUACACCACAACAAUAAAUUUCAAUGUCUCAGUAACUUGUCAUGUGCCCUUGAGCAUCAAUUACAGCUUGACAACGACGUCUCAUGCUGUUCACAAGUCGACUUAUUGUCUGCUGAGGCAUGGCAUCCUACUCUUCUUGAAGGGCAGCCCUCAGGUCAUUGAGGUUCUGGGGUGCAGAGUUUCGAGCCACUAUACGGCGACUUGGCUGAUCCCAGAGGUUUCCAAUGGGAUUCAGGUUUGGAGAAAGUGCAGGCCAUUCCAAUUGAGGUACAUGAGUCUCCAACAGCCGUUCCCUGAUGAUGCAACCUCAAUGAGCUGGAGCAUUGUCAUCCAUGAAGAUGAAAUUAGGCCUUUGUUGUUCAUGUAGGGGCAUAAUCACUGGAUUAAUGAUGUUAUUCAGGUAGUAUGGGCUUGUCACUGUACCAUUCACAAAGUGUAGGGCAGUUCUGUACUGACUGGACACAUCUGCCCACACUAUAACACCGCCACCACCAAAAGCUCGUCUGGUGACAACAGUGGCUGAUGCAUAGCACUCUCCUUCACGUCUCCAACAUCUUUGGCGGCCAUCAUUUCUGCUCAACGUGAAUUGACUUUCAUCAGAGAACAGCACUGAGGCCCACUUGUCCAGCGUAAAUGCCCCCUGGCCCAUGCAAGACGACGACGCCGCCUGUGCCUGGUGAUGUGGUCAGGUACCCUUGCAGGUCGUCUAGCACGCAGACCACGCUGAUGUAAAUGGUUUCGAAUGGUCUGACGUGACACUUUGGUGCCUCUCACUUCCCUUAAACGUGCCUGGAGUUGAGUGGCAUUCAUCAUCCUGUUUCUCAGGGCAUGGUUCACAAUGUAGCGGUCAUCAGCAUGGGAUGUGGCCAAAGGACGUCCACUUCUACGCCUUUCUGUGACUCUUCAAGUCUCUCGGUAUCUCUGUUGCAACCUGCUGAUGACACUCUGUGACACUCUAAGCUCAGGGGCCACUUCCGUCUGAGAGCGUCCCGUUUGAAGCAUCACAAUGGCAAGGUACUGUUGAUCCAUUGUUAGGUGUCAUCUUGGUCUCAUGAUGUCAAAAUGUGAGCAGCAUGAUGAAGGACGACUGUUUAAACACCAGCUAUUAUUGAACCAGGACAUUUAUUGGUCGAUUCAAGGAUCAAACACCUGUUGUGAAUUUUGCCGUUAAGCUCCUCGUUAGAGAACAGCAACUCGUGCAAAAAGUACUGAAACAUUUAACAGUUGGACAUGUGCAUUCAAAAGCUUAGAGAAGGUCACUUCAAGUUCACCUGUAAAGGUUUGAAUGCAUUUUUAGGCUCGUCCUGAAAUUUCACCCAAAAGCUGAAUAUCCCUAACUUUUUGUGAGUAGUGUGUAUAUGUACACACACAUAUGCACAGAAAUACACACACACACACACACACACACACACACACACACACAUAUAUAUAUAUAUACACUCACCGGCCACUUUAUUAGGUACACCAUGCUAGUAACGGGUUGGACCCCCUUUUGCCUUCAGAACUGCCUCAAUUCUUCGUGGCAUAGAUUCAACAAGGUGCUGGAAGCAUUCCUCAGAGAGCUUGGUCCAUAUUGACAUGAUGGCAUCACACAGUUGCCGCAGAUUUGUCGGCUGCACAUCCAUGAUGCGAAUCUCCCGUUCCACCACAUCCCAAAGAUGCUCUAUUGGAUUGAGAUCUGGUGACUGUGGAGGCCAUUUGAGUACAGUGAACUCAUUGUCAUGUUCAAGAAACCAGUCUGAGAUGAUUCCAGCUUUAUGACAUGGCGCAUUAUCCUGCUGAAAGUAGCCAUCAGAAGUUGGGUACAUUGUGGUCAUAAAGGGAUGGACAUGGUCAGCAACAAUACUCAGGUAGGCUGUGGCGUUGCAACGAUGCUCAAUUGGUACCAAGGGGCCCAAAGAGUGCCAAGAAAAUAUUCCCCACACCAUGACACCACCACCACCAGCCUGAACCGUUGAUACAAGGCAGGAUGGAUCCAUGCUUUCAUGUUGUUGACGCCUAAUUCUGACCCUACCAUCCGAAUGUCGCAGCAGAAAUCGAGACUCAUCAGACCAGGCAACGUUUUUCCAAUCUUCUAUUGUCCAAUUUCGAUGAGCUUGUGCAAAUUGUAGCCUCAGUUUCCUGUUCUUAGCUGAAAGGAGUGGCACCCGGUGUGGUCUUCUGCUGCUGUAGCCCAUCUGCCUCAAAGUUCGACGUACUGUGCGUUCAGAGAUGCUCUUCUGCCUACCUUGGUUGUAACGGGUGGUUAUUUGAGUCACUGUUGCCUUUCUAUCAGCUCGAACCAGUCUGGCCAUUCUCCUCUGACCUCUGGCAUCAACAAGGCAUUUCCGCCCACAGAACUGCCGCUCACUGGAUAUUUUUUCUUUUUCGGACCAUUCUCUGUAAACCCUAGAGAUGGUUGUGCGUGAAAAUCCCAGUAGAUCAGCAGUUUCUGAAAUACUCAGACCAGCCCUUCUGGCACCAACAACCAUGCCACGUUCAAAGUCACUCAAAUCACCUUUCUUCCCCAUACUGAUGCUCGGUUUGAACUGCAGGAGAUUGUCUUGACCAUGUCUACAUGCCUAAAUGCACUAAGCUGCCGCCAUGUGAUUGGCUGAUUAGAAAUUAAGUGUUAACGAGCAGUUGGACAGGUGUACCUAAUAAAGUGGCCGGUGAGUGUAUAUACGUACACACACACAGCAGUCAGGCCUCUCAUCUCUGAUUGGCUCUUUUUUUAAAACCCUUUAUUUCAGUUCUUCAAUAAUGACAAAAACAUAUUAUUGAACACAGGGAAACUAAAGUAAUUUGAGAGGAAUCAAGACUUUGCAGAAGAAGAAAAAAACUAAACUAAGAUAAAAAAACAAAAAUUCAUGGUCAGGGAUAUAGAGAUACAUCAGUCCCAAUAAAUGAUAACAUGAGGAUCAAACAUUCAGUUCAGAUCAUAGAGAGGACCUCAAGACUUCGUAGAAGGUCAAAGUUCAAAUUACUUUCUUAUUGGUUAGUCCAGUUAAUGUUUUAAAAUACAUCUUCAUUUCAUUUUUAAACUGGUGGAUAUUUGGUUUCUCUUUAGAUUAUUUACGUUUAUGUUUAUAAAAUCUUCCAUACAAGGUAAAAAGGUUUAACCAAAAAAAUAUGACUUAGGUCCAUGUUCUUUUUUUCCAAAUAAAAAAUAAUAUCCCCUUUUUUUCAGGUUUAUCUUACAUCCAGACAACAAUUCAAAUAAAUGUUCAAUCCAGAAAAAUUUAACAUGCAUACAGUCAAAAAAUAAAUGUACAAUUGUUUUUUUAAAGGUUACAAAAUACACAACAGUCCGAGAUAUGAGUUUGAUAUUUUUUGAGAAAGUGGUUAUUUGGAUAGAAGAAGUGAAUCAUUUUAAAAUAAACCUUGGUUACUUCACUGUUGAUCAAAUAUUGUUGUAGUAAAUCCAAAUAAUUGUAUUAAAAAGACAAAUUUCAAAAACUUUUGGAAUUAUAAGCACACAGUGAGAUAUGUCUAAACAGUUUGUUAUUACAUUUUUAAUCUUUGAUACUGAUGCCGUUCAGCAGGAUAUCAGUCUUCAACAUUGAUCGUUCAUUAAAUACAUUUCUGCCUUGUAAUAGUUCUAAGAAACAAGUUGGUAUUUCACUAAAUAUCAUACAAUAUUCUGGUGCAGGUGUUGGAAUACUGAAGGUCUUUUAAAAUUCUGUGUAUGAAAAUAAUUAACCAUUCUCAUUUAACAAAUGUGAAAAAGACAGAAUCUUGUUUCUAACCGGAUUCUUAAUAAAAUGAUCUGAUUAGCUCUUCUCUGGUGAAAAGGACAAGUGAGUCUAAGACGACUCAUGAGCUUUGACAUCAUUCUGAUCCCACAACUGUGUGUGUGUGUGCUUGUGUUUGUGCGUGCGCUCAUGUGUGUGUGCGCGCUCGUGUGUGUUUGCACGCUCGUGUGUGUGUGUGCGUGCAGACAGACAUCGAGAUCAGUAAGGAGGAGGACUUUGCUCGGAUCCUGCAGAUGGAGGAAGAGUACAUUCAGCAGAUCUGUGAGGACAUCAUCCGCCUCAAACCAGACCUGCUCUUCACUGAGAAGGGGGUUUCAGGUAAACCACACCUGCUGGUCUGUAGAGUCUACACAGACUCAGGAUCAGCUCUGAUGAAUCUGGUCGUCAUGGUGAUAAUCACUGAUCAGCUGUUUCCUGUCUCAGAUCUGGCGCAGCACUACCUGAUGAAGGCCAACAUCACCGCCAUCCGCCGUGUGAGGAAGACCGACAACAACCGCAUCGCCAGGUAACCUCCUGACAUCCUCAAGUCAGCCAGUCAGCUGACCUCUCAGCCGUUAACUCCCCCUCCCCCUCUCUGUUUGUCUCAGGGCGUGCGGUGCUCGUAUCGUCAGCAGGACCGACGAGCUGCGUGAGGAGGACGUGGGUUUGGGGGCGGGGCUGUUUGAGGUGAAGAAGAUCGGAGACGAGUAUUUCACCUUCGUCACCGAGUGUAAAGACCCCAAAGCGUGCACCAUCCUGCUGAGGGGGGCCAGCAAGGAGAUCCUGGCUGUGAGCACGCUCAGUUCAUCACGCCGUUCAGAACUUUAGAGAUGUUACUGAGGGAGGAGGGGCUUACUGAGACUCUGUGUGUGUGUGUGUGUGUGUGUGUGUGUGUGUGUGUGUGUGUGUGUGUAACAGGAAGUGGAGAGGAACCUCCAGGACGCCAUGCAGGUGUGUCGUAACGUCCUGAUGGAUCCUCAGCUGUUACUGGGUGGCGGUGCCGUAGAGAUGGCGGUGUCGAAGCGUCUGGUGGAGCGUUCCCGCGCUCUGACGGGAAUCGAACAGUGGCCAUACCGUGCUGUCGCCCAGGCCCUGGAGGUCAUCCCCCGAACCCUGAUCCAGAACUGUGGAGCAUCCACCAUCAGAGUCCUGACCUCCCUGAGGGUACGCCCAAAACUUUAUCAACAACCUCUCUGUUGACAAGACCAUUAUUUAGAACUCCUCUAGGGACGCUCCAAUCAGGAUUUUGGGUUCUGAUCACCGAUCCGAUCUUAGGCUACGUUCACACUGCAGGUUAUGAUGCACAAUUCGUAUUUCUUGUUCAAUGCGAUCUUUUUGUGUGGUCGUUCACAUUACAACAACGAAUGUGGCAUCUAAUGUGAACGUUGACUCGUUGACGUUUGACUCUAGUCAAAUGUUGAAAAUAUUCCCCAAUAAAGAUUGUUGUCACUCAUAAAACUUUAUCAUCUAGACUUUGUCAUCUAGAGUCUAGAUGUUAUAAUUAUCCUCUUAGAGAGGCAACCUCAAGCUUACAUAGACUGAAUAAUCUUAAAUCAAAUAAAAUACUUUUCAUAAGUGCAACAUUUCAUUCAUUAACCCAUGAAGACCUGAACCCUGUCUGAGACUCUGAAAUCCUGAGAAGGCCCCGAGAUCCUGUGGUUUUCUAAAGUGUUGAGGUUUACAAAAAGCUGAUAUCUCAGCCUCUGUAGCAGAUAGAAACAAAAUUUAAAAAGUAUUUGAGAUUGUAUUUGAGGUUAUUACAAGGGGCAUGCGCUGCUACUAAAUACUACCGAGAUUUUGUCUGUGAUCACGCAGCCCCUGCACCCCACCGCCGCCACACCGAAUGUCCCAGGAUUUCAUUACAGACCUCUGGUCACCUUACUUUAGCACACAUUAGCAAAAUGGAUAAACCGAAAUCCGAACCUCCACUGCUGAGCCAAUCAGAGCACAGCAGGCUUCACAGCAGCGAUCCAAUCAGAGCAAAGCUCAUUACCAUAAAUGUUAAUGAGCCAAAAUCAGUUAGUUUUCCUGUAAGGUUUUUUAGGCAUACUAUGUAUGUAUAACAACAAAUAAAUAAGAUGACAGUGUGUUAAUGUCUGUGCUCAUCCAAAGUCAUGCAACACUCACAGAAAUUGUCGAUAGUGUGAGCCAAAGACCUCAAUAUGAAUAGUUUGUUCACACUGCUGGAUGCUUCUCCGACGAAGUUGCUCUCUGCCUCUGUCAUUGUUUACUUUCUUCACGAAGCACGUAGCAAGAUCUGCGCAGGAAUCUGAUCGCCUUAUUAGCCUAUCAGAGGCAGACGGGUACGAUGAUUUGAUUCACCACGACUCCAGAAAUGAUUAAAAAAACUACAGGAUGUUGCAAACUGAUAUAUCCGCGCUCCCAGCCUGGAAGGUUUAAAUGCGUACAUGCUGUCCUGGUUUGAAUGGGUUAAAGGAUCUCAAACUUGGAGUUUAAGCUUUCCUUUGGAGAUAUAAUAAACUGAGGAGCCACAAACAGGCUUUGACAAAAUAUGGAAUACAGUUUAAAGUUAUUAAAUGUGUCUGAAUUUGAGGAGACAGACGGAGAAGUGCUGAGCAAUUUAAAAAAAAAAAAAAAAAAAACUACAUAUCUGUAGACCCUUCUAUAUGUAACUUAAGGUUAUUUCUGUGUCAUUUGGAUGGGGAGAGAGUCAUAGGCAAGAACACAAAAAACAAAAAUACAAAACAUUUUUUAGAGGUACCGUAUUUUUCACACUAUAAGGCACACCUGAUUAUAAGGCACACCAUCAAUGAACGAGUCUAUUUUUGUCUAUUUUCAUAUAUAAGGCGCACCGGAUUAUAAAGCGCAUUAAGCCAAACAAAACAGUCAGACAAGUCAAACUUUAUUUAACUCAUUCAAUAACACCGCGAGGCUACGGUAGCUGCAGUGGUCCGACAAGCCAACAGGAUUUUAAGUGCGCCUUAUUGUGCGAAAAAUACUGUAACUUAUAACUAUCUCAGCCUCGACAUUUAUACUGGUGAGAGUCUGUACUGGAGUUCAGACGGACUUCUGAUUAAGCAGCAUCAGUGGCAGAUUUGUCUUGUUAAAUUUUAGUAUUUCUGCAUUUUUUAUCAGUUGACCUGUUUCUCUUCUCAUCUUAAAUAUGACCCUCAGUGCUGAAAGGUCACUCACAUUCACUCCAGGUCCAUAUGUCACUCGUGAAGCUGACUGCGGUGAUGUUGUCCUUCAUAAGACUCUCGAUGUGCAUGUAGACAUUUUGAUAAAACUCCGUCAGGCAAACAUCGGUAAAAUAUUUUUACUCCGGCAGUUAAUAGCGGGGAACUCGCCAGAACACGAGGCGUUUUAAACCCACAGCAGACAGCGGCUGUUCGUUUAUAAACUCCAUAACUUAAGCGUCAAUUUCUUUUCUUGUUCUUGUUACUGUACGGCUGCUGCUGUUUGGUCUAGACUGGCCCUGAUCAGAUCGGAUAACCCCUCUGUUGACAAUAAUUUUAUUUAUAACCCGUUACAAACGUGUGUGUGUGUGUAUGUGUAUACAGGCCAAACACACUCAGGAGAACGGCGUGUGUUGGGGCGUGGACGGAGAGAGUGGCUGUCUGUCGGACAUGUCGUCUUUGGGGAUCUGGGAGCCGCUGGCUGUUAAAGCUCAGACCUACAAGACUGCAGUGGAGGUCAGAGGUCACUGCAUUGAUUAUGAGUGAUUGAUUAUUGGUUGUUGAUGACUGAUCAGCUGAUCCUGUUCUCCGCAGACGGCCAUCCUCCUGCUGCGUAUCGACGACAUCGUCUCGGGUCAUAAAAAGAAGGACAAAGACGAGAAUUUUGGAGGACAGGGAGCUGAGUAGAUCCACAUCCACCAAGACCAGGACCAGAGUCUGAGUUUGUGUGUGUGUGUGCGUGGGGGGGUGGGGGGGGUAACAGUUGAUCAGCUAUUAAUAAACAGUUCAAACUCCUCUGUGUCUGUGACUCUGUUAGUCGAGGCCAUAAUUCGUUUCUUUCUCUGAAUCAAACUUCCCCCUUGUCGGUGUUUACAUGCAGCUGAGAAAAUCGAAUUAUUGACGUGAACGUGUCCUCCUCCCCAAAACUAGGGGGCGAUAAGGGUCUUUUCAGCUGCGCUGUCUUCGACCCCAUACAACCGUCAACAACGACAGCAGGUCUGUGCCAGACGUCAGAAGUGUCUACAACUGCUGCUGGGCAUUUUGGAGCAAGAAGAUUGAGCAUCGUACAGCGUUGUUUUUGUCCUACAUGAGGGACACGCUACUUUUUCUGCAGAUGAGAUGCACGCUACUCCUCUGGUGUUUUUGUUACGGGGGCGUGGCACACUUGCACACACAUUGUCCGAUCAUACUCUGACUACACUGGUUACAUGGUUGAGAAACUCGAAUUUCAAUCGCUUUAUCUGGGUGUCUUAAUCAGAGUUCUCAAACUCCGAUUAUAGUCGGACUAAGGUGUUUACAUGCACUUCAGUUCGUCUUAAUCGGAAUAAGGCUAUAAUUCGGUACUAUUUCAUACCUUCUAACCGCCAGAGGCAGUGUAUAAACACUGGUGGAUAACAUUGCGCGCAUGCGCAGAGGUCGAAAUCUAAUGUCAACAUUGUCACCUGUGACCCUGUGCGCCCGUACGUGCACGCGUACGUUGUCUAUAUGGGUAUGACGCGCACAAGGAUCUUUCUCUUUUCAUCUUUUCGCUCAGAAGCGCACACAGGUCGACAGCAGCAGCUUCGUUUGGGGUCUCGUUAACCAAACCUACGGUACGGUGGGAGCAGCGGCUAUCUGCCCUCCUAGGGACUGCGUUGACUGCUGAGUUUACCCUGUUCAAGUAUAUGGUAAGUAAACGGCUAGCGUUAGCCAACCGCUAGCACUGAAAGUUUUUUACGCUUCGUACAGCUAUAAUUGUAUAUUGUUGUGACCCACGUUGGCCCUGUCUGUCGUUCAUCAGCGUCAACAUUCACGAGGAAGAUCCUUGUGCGCGUCAUACCCAUAUAGAAUACGUACGCGUGCACGUACGGGCGCACAGGGUCACAGGUGACAAUGUUGACAUUAGAUUUCGACCUCUGCGCAUGCGCGCGAUGUUAUCCACCAGUGUUUAUACAGUGUCUCUGGCGGUUAUCCGGUAUUCAUAG